GAGAUGCAGUGACAGUUCUGAAGGCUGCUUGUGAUCCCAGUAUCAGAGCAGGGGAAGAAGAUGGGCCUGAUUCUAGACUUUUUGCCUCUGAGAAUCUUACUACCCCAGCCCAUUUCGAGGCCUGUUGUGAAUCACCACCUUCCUGGCACCUCAGCCGGCCUCAUACUUCUUUUACUGUAGUUGAGUGGGACACUGCAAUCUGCAUAAUGCUGUCCAGCCUUACUACACACAGGGCUCUUGGGAAAACCUGUGAAAUGCCUUUGCCCCUGGAAUCACACUUAUAGACUGUCCUUUGAUUGAGCUGAUUUCACGGAAUACUGAAAAAUAUAAAGAAGAAAAUAAAAAUCACCCCAGCAUGCAGAGAAAACUACUGUAAAUUAGAAAUGGACUGAACUUGAAAAGACAGCAUUGAAUUUGAAUCCCAGUGCAUGUUCUCUGAUGGCUGGUGUACUAGUAUGUCUGACUUAAGGAGAUGCAGAGUUUUAAAAACAACUCUCCUUCAACAAGGUCUGUUUCCAAGGAAAGUCUUAACCAUUUGUCCCUUCUGGCAUACCCUCUUCCAAUGAAAUCCAUGCAGAAUAGACCAGAGAUGGGCAGCAGUGAACCCCUUCCUAUUGCAGAAAGUGACAAGAGGAAGAAGAAGAAGCGGAAGGCCCGGGCCACUGACUCCUUGCUGGGAAAGUUUGAAGAUGUGUACAAGCUGACCUCUGAAUUGCUUGGAGAGGGAGCCUAUGCCAAAGUUCAAGGAGCUGUGAGCCUGCAGAAUGGCCAAGAGUAUGCUGUCAAAAUCAUCGAAAAACAAGCAGGGCACAGUCGGAGUCGGGUAUUUCGAGAGGUGGAGACGCUAUAUCAGUGUCAAGGAAACAAGAACAUUUUGGAGCUGAUUGAAUUCUUUGAAGAUGACACAAGGUUUUACUUGGUCUUUGAGAAAUUGCAAGGAGGCUCCAUCCUGGCCCACAUCCAGAAGCGGAAACACUUCAACGAGCGCGAGGCCAGCCGCGUGGUACAGGAUGUGGCUGCUGCCCUUGACUUCCUGCACACCAAAGGCAUUGCUCACCGAGAUCUGAAGCCAGAAAAUAUAUUGUGUGAAUCUGCAGAAAAGGUGUCUCCAGUGAAAAUCUGUGACUUUGACUUGGGCAGUGGGAUGAAGUUGAAUAACUCCUGCACCCCCAUAACUACACCAGAGCUGACCACUCCGUGUGGCUCUGCAGAGUACAUGGCCCCGGAGGUGGUGGAGGUCUUCACGGACGAGGCCACGUUUUACGACAAGCGCUGUGACCUGUGGAGCCUGGGCGUGGUCCUCUACAUCAUGCUGAGUGGCUACCCCCCCUUUGUAGGUCACUGUGGGGCCGACUGUGGCUGGGACCGGGGAGAGGUCUGCAGGGUGUGCCAGAACAAGCUGUUUGAGAGCAUCCAGGAAGGCAAGUAUGAGUUUCCUGACAAGGACUGGGCACACAUCUCCAGUGACGCCAAAGACCUCAUCUCCAAGCUCCUAGUUCGAGAUGCAAAGCAGAGGCUGAGCGCUGCCCAAGUUCUGCAGCACCCGUGGGUGCAGGGGCAAGCUCCAGAAAGGGGACUCCCCACGCCGCAAGUCCUCCAGAGGUAAAUGCUCCCACACACCCAACACCCUUCCUUCUUUGGCUUUGACUUUCUCAAGCUCUCAGCCACAUGGGAUGGAGGUGGGGGUGGGGAGCCCAUCGCUAGGCUCAGGCAUAUUCCUGAGUGGCUCCCUGGCCUGCCUUCUCCCUACUUCUCUUCCUCUCUUUAACACUCUCUUCUCUUCCUCCACCUGGAUGGCUUCCCCAGCCCUCCAGCACCUUCACAGCUCCUCCGUGUGCUGUGUGCAGGAGAAAACCCUGUUUUGCAUAACACUUGAAUCCUAAUGGAAAUCACCAUUUGCAACCCCUAAAACAGAUCUUAUGUGUGGGUUAUUACAAGGUUUCCUUCUGCCACACGUGGUUUGGUGAAAGUAGCAGGAAUCAGGGAUGCUGUAAGGCAGUAGCAUCAAUUGUGAUAGAAAUACUACUAGACCAACAAUAAUGGCCACUGUAUAGUAAAUACCACAUGCCAGAUAUGGUACGAAGGGCUGUACACAGAUUAUAUCCAUAAUCUUCACUAUAAAUUUCAGAGAGGUAUUCCUAUUACCCCAUUUUAUAGUUUAGAAAACUAAGGCAUAAUAGAUGAGGUUAACUUAUUCAAGGCCUUGGGAGUUCUACUUUGAACCCAGAUCUAUUUGACGUUAGUGCCUUUUAACACUUAAUCACAUUCUUCUUGGGCUGCCCUGUUCCCAAAGGGCCAGGGAUAAAGCAUUGUGGGAACCCCUCCAGGAACCAACCUCCUGGCCAGUUUCUGGGAGUUCCACGGGGAAGUCUAACACUUUUACGUUCUCAGUUCCCUUGAGCUAGAAUGUACUGCCCGGCUCGUCCUACCUGAUUCUCUAGAGCUGCAUCCAGAUGCUUUGAGGCUCCAAACCUCAGAUCCACUUCAGCAGAUUCAUUCAGCACCCGAAGUGCCUGUGUGUGCCUGCCCUGAGCUGGCUGCUGGGGACGGACACAGAGGCCCAGCCCCUGCUCUUGGAGCUUCCCGCCCUGACGGGGGAAAAGGAUACCCACGGGUGGGUUCCAUGUGCCCAGCCCUCCCUCUGAGAGAGCUCUGUGCACAGCCCUGGAGGAGGGUGUGCUGAAUGAAUGGGGCAUUUGUCCCUCAAGUCCAAGGAUCGUAACAGAGGCUUAAAGCCAUUCCGACCUCAGUGAAGUCAGAUUCCAGACCCAUGCAAGAACGAUUUUGCAGAAAGCAGUCCUAUGCCGGCUCAGAAAAACCCGGUGGAAGUAUGGGCUGCAGCAGUCGGUGGGGGUGUGAAGGAGCUGGCCUGGCUGAGGCCAUUGAGUCCUGCCUCCCUUGUUUCUCUGUUUUUCCUUCU